AUGGUUAAUUUUUAUUUCAUUUACACUUGCCCCUAUCUUUAUGUCGAUGACUGUACCUUAGCAAAUCCAUACCGUUUAAAUAUAAUUUCCCAAUUUAGGCGGUAUAAUGGCCUCAAAACCAAACGUAGAUGUCAGAGAGAGAAUAAAUGUGAAAAACUGGGAAUUGAAUUUUUAAAGAAAUGUAAAAUAUGUCGGUACCGUAAAUGUAUUAGUAUAGGCAUGAAAAUGACUAAGGACGAAAAGAUUUUGGAAGAAAAAGAGGAAGAAAGUUUUUUACAAAAUUUUAUUGAGGCUUAUGAAGAAUAUGUUACAUUUCAACAAAAAUUAUUUUUUAAUAUUUAUCCAGAGAAAGUAUAUCAACAAGCUUUGUUCUUCAUUCCUGAGACCUUAGAAAUGCUAAAUUGUUUUGAAAUGAAUUGCAGACCGGCAUUGCUCACAAUGCUGAAUACUUCAAUCAAAGAAUUUAAAAUUUUAGAAACUCAAGAAAAGGUAACGAAUUUAUUAGAGGCGCCCAAGACUCUUGGCCUUUAGACUUGGCUCAGGACUUUCCUUGGGGGUUUUUCGAUCUUGAUCUUGAGGUAUGGAGGUGAGUAUUGGGUCUUGCGGUCCAGUCUUGUUUUCGGGCCUAAAUCUUGAAAAACUUUCGGCCGUGGUUAUCAUUAUUAGAUUUUUUAUUAUUAUUAUUUACAGCUCGAAUUAUUCGACUCCUGCUUUAAUCAAUUAAAUUUUCUAAAUUGUCUCAAUUUAACAAUCACUAACUUUCACUCAGAAAAUUAUCUUGUUGAUAAAUUUAUGUUAGCCUAUGGCCAUUUGUUUGAUUUUGGGUUUGCUGAUAAAAUAAUUAAUUAUUGGGUAAAGGAUAUGCUAAAUA